GCUUUAGCCAUGGAGAAGAACUUAGUAUCUGUGUUUCUUUUGAUUAUUGCUAUUGCACACACCUUGGCUAAAGAUGCUACACCAAAAGAUGGGAAAAGGGACACAAAAGAAGCUGGAGAUACCAAGAUAAAACUGCCCCAGACUCUCUCAAGAGGCUGGGGUGAUUAUCUUAUCUGGACUCAGACUUAUGAAGAAGCUCUCCACAAAGCCAAGUCAAACAACAAACCUAUCAUGAUCAUCCACCACUUGGAAGAUUGUCCUCAUAGCCAAGCACUGAAGAAAGUGUUUUCUGAAAACAAAGAAAUACAAAAGUUGGCUGAGAAAUUUGUUCUCCUCAAUCUUGUUUAUGAAACCACAGACAAACAUCUCUCUCCUGAUGGCCAGUAUGUUCCCAGAAUCUUGUUUGUGGAUCCUUCACUAACAGUUAGAGCAGAUAUUACUGGAAGAUAUUCCAAUCGCCUCUAUGCUUAUGAACCUUCAGAUAUUCCACUGUUGUACUCAAAUAUGCAGAAAGCACUGAAGCUGCUCAAGACUGAAUUGUGAAGAAAGAGAUUGCACCAGCAAGUUCAUCUCCCUCUUUUGGUUAUUUCUAUGAAACUUAUUCUGAAUAGAGAAUAUACAAGUUGGUCUUAGAUAUGCAUAUCAGUUCAUGGAAUGCAUAACUGACAACUCAGUGGUGUUGUAAAAACUGGUUUUGUACUAUAUGGCAUUUUAAGUAUUGACUGCUUUUAUAAACUAAGCAUAGAAGAGUACUGUACACUCUUUUCUGCAGAUCAGGAUUUAAAAAAUAAAUCUACUUCAUGGUGUUUACAGAA